CAGUCUCACGGGCGGGCCUGAUCAACAAGCUGAAAGCAUGGGCAGUGGAAACAUCCGGACAACCUUCGCAUCAGAGGGCGUCGAAUUCCUCAUAUCUGGCGAAGAAAAGGUACCCUUAUCAUCGGUUAAUGGGAAGAUGAUUUGCCUAUUUUUCUCCGCCAACUGGUGCAGGCCUUGUAAAAAUUUUAGCCCCCAACUUGUACAACUAUAUAGCACUUUACGAACUAUGGGUGAAAAUCUGGAAAUUAUCUUCGUUUCAUUUGAUCGAGAUGAGAGUGGAUUCAGUGAACACUUCAAGACUAUGCCAUGGCUUGCAGUCCCAUUCAACGUGAACUUGCAUAAGCGACUGAGCAAACUGUACAAUGUUCAUCACAUCCCUUCAUUUUUACCGCUGGGUUCAGAUGUAUGCCAGGUUGAAGAAGAUGCUGUGGGGUUCAUUGAGGAUUAUGGGGCCGAUGCUUUUCCCUUCACUAAAAAGAGAAAAGAGGCAUUGAAGGCUAUGGAUGAAGUGAAGCUUCAAGGAGGAAAAUUGGAAGAACUCUUGGCACAUGGAGGACGAAACUACCUCGUUUCUGGGCAUGGUAGGAAGAUAUUGGUCUCCGAACUUGUUGGUAAGACAAUUGGUCUCUACUUUGGUGCACAUUGGUGCCCACCUUGUCAAACUUUCAGUGCACAACUAAUAGAAACAUACAAUGAGCUCCACACCACCAGAGAUUGCUUCGAAAUAGUAUUUGUCUCGACGGAUAGAGAUCAUGACGAGUUUGAUCUCAACAUGCGUAAGAUGCCUUGGGUGGUUAUCCCAUACGAGGACAGGACACGGCAAGACCUCUGUAGGAUAUUUGAUAUCAAAGAGAUUCCAGCUUUGGUCCUGCUCGGAUGGGAUGGGAAGACCAUCAGCACAAAAGGGAGGGCUAUGAUCUCCUUGUAUGGCGCUGAUGCUUUCCCAUUUACUGAGUCAAGAAUUGAAGAGAUAGAAACCGCUUUGAGAAAGGAAGCAGAUGGAUUACCUCGUCAAAUAAAGGACCAAAAGCAUCAGCAUGUUCUUAAGUUGGAGAUGCCAAAAACAUUCGUUUGUGAUUCAUGCAAAAAGCGUGGAAGCUUCUGGGCAUUUUCUUGUGACAUUUGCGACUAUGACCUUCACCCAACAUGUGUUCAACAAGAAUUUUAAGGAGUUUUUCCUGUGACAUUUGCUUACAGCUAUCAUGUUCAUGAAUUAUAUUGCUAGGCCUUAUAAUUCUCAAUACUAUAGCUCCUAAGAGUCUCCCAUAAUUGGUGUUUCAGU